AUGCCCCGCAUAGAUGCAGACCUCAAGCUGGACUUUAAGGAUGUCCUCUUGCGACCCAAACGGACUGUUUGCAAGUCACGGGAACAAGUUGAUCUUGAACGUACCUUCACAUUUCGAAAUUCCAGGCAGACUUACUCAGGGAUUCCCAUCAUCGUGGCCAACAUGGACACCGUGGGAACAUUUGAGAUGGCAGUGGUGAUGUCACAGCACUGCAUGUUUACAGCCAUUCAUAAGCAUUAUACCCUGGAUGACUGGAAGCUCUUUGCUACGAAGCACCCGGAAUGCCUGCAGCAUGUAGCCGUGAGUUCAGGCAGCGGGCAGAAUGAUCUGGAAAAGAUGAGCAGCGUCCUGGAAGCUGUGCCGCAGGUUAAAUUUAUUUGCCUGGAUGUAGCCAAUGGAUAUUCAGAACAUUUUGUGGAGUUUGUGAAACUCGUCCGUGCCAAAUUUCCAGAACACACCAUUAUGGCAGGGAACGUGGUGACAGGAGAGAUGGUAGAAGAGCUAAUCCUUUCUGGAGCAGAUAUAAUCAAAGUGGGAGUUGGACCAGGUUCUGUGUGCACCACCCGCACCAAGACAGGCGUUGGCUACCCUCAGCUGAGUGCGGUGAUCGAGUGUGCCGACUCUGCCCAUGGCCUGAAGGGCCACAUCAUCUCUGACGGAGGAUGCACGUGUCCAGGAGAUGUCGCCAAAGCCUUUGGAGCUGGCGCUGAUUUUGUCAUGCUGGGAGGGAUGUUUUCAGGCCAUACUGAGUGUGCUGGAGAGGUGAUCGAGAGGAACGGCCAGAAGCUGAAGCUCUUCUAUGGGAUGAGCUCUGACACGGCAAUGAAGAAACAUGCAGGAGGAGUUGCUGAAUACAGAGCCUCUGAAGGCAAGACUGUGGAAGUGCCUUACAAAGGGGAUGUUGAACACACAAUUCUGGAUAUUCUUGGGGGACUGAGGUCGACCUGCACAUACGUGGGAGCCACCAAACUCAAAGAGCUCAGUAGGAGGGCAACGUUCAUCCGCGUGACCCAGCAGCACAACACGGUGUUCAGCUAA